AUGACAGAUAAUCACCCCUUCGGAAGUGGGAUGUUUUAAGGACAAGCCAAAUUUGUGGAUUAUGCACACAUGAAUUAACAAGAGGUGUAAGUGAACACUCUCGAUGAGCCUGUGUUGGACACUCUAGUAAUAAUGGUUUUAAUGUAAAGUUGAGAGACAUCAAUAUGAUCCUGUAUAAAUUGUCCUAUGUGAUCAUUCCCAGAAUGAAGGAGACCCAAGGAAGAAAGCUGAGAAAUUGUAAGACUAUCGAUUACAUUACAUCUAGGGGAUUUAUGGGGACCACUGCUCCUAUCAUUGUUAUUGGCAAUGUACACACAAUAUUGAUUAUCAAUUAGGACACUGGGCAUCAAUUCGAAUCAAUCAUGUAUUGAUUGACUUAAUUAUUAGCCGACACUAUCUUUGGCACAAUCUUUAUCAUAAUGUGGGGAGGGUCUGCUGUGAUAACGUAAAUUUAAGUUUGAAAUUAGAGUAAAUGCAAAAUUGUUAGGUGGAUAAGUAUCGUUUUUUUAGAGUGUUUGCGUCCUUGGUUAUUGUGUAUUUCCAAUCAAUGUGGCUGCUGUUGUGAUAACUUUCCUUUAAUCUUAUUUUGGAUUUUUCUUAAGAUUGGUAAUUGUUGGAGUUGCAUUUCUGUGGUCAACAUUUUGUGAGUUUAUUGACACUAUUGAAUAGCUUCGCUGUCUUUUAUGAGCAGUAUGAUGAACGAGGAGAAGAAGGUCAUUUCUGUGUACCCAAUAUUUCUGUUCUACAUGUUCCUUUCAUGGUUUUGCAUCUUCAUUUGAUUUAUAUAGAGUAUCAGGA